CGAAACGAGUUCAUACCACACAGACGUGAAGUUCUACUGUUAUAAAUUGUUGAUCGUUUUAACUCUUCAAGCAUGGCACAGUUUGUGUGUUUUACUGUUUUGUUGGUGUUUUGUGGAACAGGGGCCUCACUGGAAACCACUACCAGCCCUCAACAACAAAAUAGCGGCGAUACCAAAGACUUAUGUGAGAAAUCCAUAUCUACACACGGAUUUCCAGGUAUUCCAGGAUCCAAUGGCAUGCCGGGAAUGCCUGGCAUUCCUGGACCGCAAGGACCACAGGGAAGAGAUGGAGUUAAAGGACAGACCGGUGACAAGGGAUCGCAAGGAAUGCUGGGAGAAAAGGGAGAAAAAGGAAAUGAAGGGCCUCGUGGAAAGAGCGGACCACCAGGAAUGAUGGGAAUAAAAGGAGCGCGCGGAACUGUGGGCGAUCAAGGAAUAAAAGGCGAUAAGGGAGAGAAAGGAGAAAGCGUGACAAGUCCUUCUAGUGCAGUGCCACAAACCAACUGGAAACAAUGUGUGUGGAAAGCUAGUGAUAGUCGAGAUAGCGGUAAGAUCAAGGUAAGAGAGAAAUGUUCUGAUUGCCAAUGGUUAUGGGCAAACUGAAAUUACUUUUGUCACCUAA